CUGGCGGGGUUGGGGAGGACUGUCGCGCCAUGGCGAGGUUCUCGAGGGCCGACCUGGCCGCUGCAGGAGUUGUGUUACUUUGUCACUUUUUAACCGACCGGUUCCAGUUCGCCCAUGGGGACCCUGGAAACAAAAUCAAUGAUUGGCAGUAUGAAGCUGCAAAGGCCUUCCUUCAGACAGCAGAUGGAGUGGAAGUGGACUUACAAGCAUAUAACCACAGGUGGAAAAGGAAUGUGGACACUCUUAAAGCAGUAGACACCAACAGAGCCAGCACGGGCCAAGACUCUCCGGAGCCCAGAGGCUUCACAGAUCUGCUGCUGGAUGACGGGCAGGACAACAACACUCAGAUUGAGGAGGAUACAGAUCACAAUUACUAUAUUUCUCGGAUAUAUGGCCCAUCGGACUCUGCCAGCCGGGAUCUGUGGGUGAACAUAGACCAAAUGGAGAAGGACAAAGUGAAGAUCCAUGGGAUACUGUCUAAUACUCACCGGCAGGCUGCAAGAGUGAAUCUGUCAUUCGAUUUUCCAUUUUAUGGUCAUUUCCUCCGUGAAAUCACUGUGGCAACUGGGGGUUUCAUAUACACUGGAGAAGUUGUGCAUCGAAUGCUAACAGCCACACAGUACAUAGCCCCUCUAAUGGCAAAUUUCGAUCCCAGUGUAUCCAGAAAUUCAACAGUCAGGUAUUUUGAUAAUGGCACGGCACUUGUUGUCCAGUGGGACCAUGUCCACCUGCAGGACAAUUACAACCUGGGAAGCUUCACCUUCCAAGCAAUUCUCCUCAUGGAUGGACGCAUCAUCUUUGGAUACAAAGAAAUCCCUGUCUUGGUCACCCAGAUAAGUUCAACCAAUCAUCCAGUGAAAGUUGGGCUGUCUGAUGCAUUUGUCGUUGUCCACAGGAUCCAACAAAUCCCCAAUGUUCGAAGAAGAACAAUUUAUGAAUAUCACCGAGUAGAGCUACAGAUGUCAAAAAUUACCAACAUUUCAGCUGUGGAAAUGACUCCACUACCCACAUGUCUCCAGUUCAAUAGCUGUGGUCCCUGUGUGUCCUCUCAGAUUGGCUUCAACUGCAGUUGGUGUAGUAAACUUCAAAGAUGCUCCAGUGGAUUUGAUCGUCAUCGACAGGACUGGGUGGACAGUGGAUGCCCUGAAGAGUCAAAGGAGAAGAUGUGUGAGAACACAGAGCCAGUGGACACAUCUUCUCAAAGCACCACGACCUUAUACACAACUACCACGCAAUUCAGGGUCCUGACGACUACCCGGAGAGCCUCACCAUCACAGCCGCCCACCAGCCUGCCCACAGAAGAUGACACCAAGAUAGCACUACACCUCAAAGACAAUGGAGCCUCCACAGAUGACAGCGCGGCAGAGAAGAAAGGCGGAACGCUCCACGCCGGCCUCAUCGUUGGAAUCCUCAUCCUGCUCCUCAUUAUAGCAGCUGCCAUUCUGGUGACAGUCUAUAUGUACCACCAUCCCACAUCAGCAGCCAGCAUCUUCUUCAUUGAGAGACGCCCAAGCAGAUGGCCAGCGAUGAAGUUUCGAAGAGGUUCAGGACAUCCUGCCUAUGCUGAAGUUGAACCAGUUGGAGAGAAAGAAGGUUUUAUUGUAUCAGAGCAGUGCUAAAUUUUUAGGACAGAACAGCACCAGUACUGGCCUACAGGUGUUAAGACUAAAAUUUUGCUUAUACCUUUAAGACAAACAUACACACACAUACACACACACACACACACACACACACACACAUACACAAGCACACACAUGUACACAAAGGAGCCCUAAGCUGCUGUAGCCAGAAAGAGACAAGAUUUCUGGACAAGCCCAGCCCAGGAAGGCUAAAAGGAAAA